GGAUCUGUGUUUUUGAUAAAUUAGACUUUAGUCAUUAGUGGUUCUCAAAAUCAAUUCUUCCGCUUAUACUAUUUGCAUCCGCUUUUGUCGGGUUGAUUGCAGAUAGAGCAGCUAGCUUCUGACUCUGGUUGUGGAAGCAGGAAUGGUUUUGUCAUCAGGAUUUCAGCCUUCGAGAUGCGAAACGGGCUUUGUCUUACAGUUUUCAUCAGGAAGUAUUGCAACAUGGGUCUCCUUUGCGUAAAGCUGUGUGCCAUUGCCAUUGGCCAUUGCUGCUGCCAGUAUUGAAUCAUUUUAUGACGAUCCUUGUAACUUACCUUGAUAACUGUUACUGUAUUACAAAUUAUAAUUCCGAAUUCUUGAUCCUCUUGGGGUAUGCGUUAUGUGAUUGAAUGGACGAGGAUCAUUUUGCUAGUGGCGUACUUUUUUCUGAUUGCUUAGUGGUGAAGCCCUAAACAGUAAGGGGGGCCUUUUGCGCGAUAUCAUCGUCAUUUAGAGACAGCAGAUCUGCCAAUUUCCAGACUUGUACCUACAGCAGCCGCUGUGGUGUAGUAUGCCUUGAAAAGGAUGCUUUGGCGAUGAAAUCCACAAUGCCCGCAGUGCCUUGCUCAGUGGAAACCAAAGAAGACGGGGGAGACUUCUCCCACCUGUGUCGCAAUGAUGCGGAUCUGGGCUUCGUUGAUUUGCGGAGUCCGUGUGGCGCAAAGCCCCUGCGUUAUUAUUAUGUGCGGGAGGAAAUUGAAAUUGAUGGCGUUCUGUCCUCCAACAUCGCGGAUUUGCUUCAAGCUAGCUUAGUUGGCCAUGAAAAAGCCGUCGAAGCAUUCAAGCCCUUCGCAGUUCAAGCCAAGAAAUCAAAGUCAGUUGACGAUGUCAAAGAAUUGGUUACUAACUACGAAAGAAUUCUGGAAGAAUGCGUGGAGAUCGUGCAGCCGUUCGUUCCCACGAGAAUGCAGCCCGAUCCGUUGAAUACUGUGUUGGCGCUGGUGUAUAACCGAAAUAUUGAGAAAGUCCGCGAUCUGAACAAUUAUGUUCCAUUUUCGCCAGAGACCUACGGAGAAACGACGUAUGAUUUCAUUGUGAAAAUGAUUGAUGAAAUGAACAUUGGGGAGAACGACAUGUUUUUGGAUUUGGGAAGUGGAGUUGGCAAUGUAAUCAUCCAAGUGGCUGCCUUGUGCCACUGCAAAAAGCUAGUCGGAAUUGAAAUAGUGGAAGCCCGGGCGAAAUUUGCAGAAAAAAUAGACAGGGAGUUUCGGUCGUUAAUGGCAUGGAUGGGCAAAGCUUACGGAGAAUACGAGCUUUUCCAUGGAGAUUUUUUGGAAAAAAAGUACCGUGAUUUAAUCCUGGCUUCAAACGUCAUAUUUUGCAACAACUAUGCCUUCACGCCAAAGUUGAAUCUGCAGCUUAAAGUCAUUUUCGGCGAACUUCCUGAAAAAGUGCGGAUUCUGGUUUCCAAAAGCCUCAGAGAUGAAAAAUUUAGAAUUUACGACGACAAAACGGCAAACGAUCCCUCCGCGUUGUUACCAGUGAGAAAGACAUUCCCUGGCGAAGUGUCGUGGACCGACAGCCCGGUGACCUUUUUCCUACAUGAAGUUGAUCGCACUAUGGUGGAAAAAUUUUUCAAGUCAAGAUUGGAUCCAGAGUUGAGGGCGCAGUUCGAAGAAGAACAACGCCGGAAUCGACCAAACUAUUACGAGUCAAGCUCCGAGCAAGAUUCGCAAGGUAUUGAACGUGACCGUUCCGAGCCGGAUAGCACAGAAGAUGAUGAAAUGGAGCGGCCAAGGCGGCGAAUUGCCACGCGGAGCCAAAUUAAGAAGGGUGGCCGACGGGCUCGGAAUCGUAGCAUUACUGACGAGAGCGAUGAUAGUGAGGAAGACGAGCGUACGCCUUCAACUUUGAGCGAUCGUUCGGUAUCUUCUGAGGCUUCAAGUGGCCGCACACGUUCAAUUCCUCAGGAAGCUGCUCCGCGGCCUAGCACUAAGCGGAAACGAGGCCGACCACCCAAACAGGCUAACCGUGUAGCUCCGUCGUCGUCCGGUAGCUCCGUUAAAGGCGCAUUACAGGCACUUCAUAAGCAUACCGUUAAAGGAAUUCGAGAUGUUGAUCGAUCUGCUCAACCCGGGUGCGCCGUUAACAGUAUUAAUGGGGCUGCCCAAGACAGCGACGAUCUUCCAGAGCCAUUUCGGAUAUGUCUAAAAAAUAUGGAAAAUGCUAUGCGAGAGUAUACAAAAGCAGUACGAACUCCUGGUUACCGAGAUUCUGUCGGACAAAAGUUAUUGAAUAUGGAAGUGGAGAUGCGUUGUUUAAAAAGUGCCCAGGAACGUUUAUGCAAAGAAGUCGGCAUAUUGCGAGGUUUUGCCUAUGCGCAAAUGAGAUCAAUUUUUGAGCAGUUCAAAAUGCCGAUGCCAACUACCGCAGUUGAACUACAAGAAGCUAGUCGAACUAUGUUAGAUACCAAUCAGCUGUUGAAGCAUCGCCACGACACCUUAAAGGACGACAUAUUCUGGUUGAAAAAUGCUCAAAAAUAUUCGGACUCCGAUUCGAACAAUCCUUCAGUGAAUGGCAAUGUCAGCCUCUGUCCUACCGGUCCUGCAGUAUUAAAUAUUGGUGCGCCUUCGGUGCGGCCUACAAACGAGAAGGCUUACCCAUUUCAGCAACCUCCGGUGCCAUCCGCGGUGUUUUUUCCUCCAUCAAUAGCUCCACCUGGCAGCGGCGGUCGUGAUCACAAAAGUGCCCGAGAUGGUGAUCAUGGUAAAAAAGGCCAUCCUUCCGAUGCACACCGGAAGGUUCCAAGAGAAAACACGGACAGUUCCAGUAAACAUAGUCGAGGAUUCGGCAGGGAGGCUAAAGAUUCCGUUUCGCGGCCGCAGUCUUCGGAUCACCAGUUCCGAGAGCCCAUAUCGCCCUUUGGAGAUGAUCGUGUGGAUAAAUUUGUUAAGUCUGAUCAGAAAAAGCCCCCCGUGGGCAACCUUAGAGGUCUCUCUCCGUCGAUCUCGACGGAAAAAAGCCAUUCAGCCAAACCGUCGAAGCACGGGUCAGAUCGACACCACUCUGACAGCAGCUUCAAGGAACCAAAGGAGACAGCGGGCAGCGCCAACGCAUUACCAAAGUCAGCCAAUGUGGACCCUAUGGCAGCGUUCUAUCGCAUGCAACCCAUGGCAUACCCGGUUGGUUAUCCGGACAUGAGUGGCUAUCCCGCAGCUUUCGGAGCCAUCGGAAUGCCUGGCAGCAACGGAAGCGUUCGGCCACCCAUGUGGUCGCAGUAUCCUAUAGGGAUGUUUGAUGCCUCGCAGUUGGCCGCAUCCAUGACUGCAUCGUUCAGUGCAUUUCCCGGUGGGACGGGAACACGAAACGAUCGCCACAUUGCUCAGGAUGGACCGGCGAUGGCUGGCUCGAAUUUCGAAGCUAUUUCGCCGCCCCCACCCCCUCAGCCAUAAUUAUAAAUCAGGGGUUUUUUGUUGAAUUUUCUACUUUUUGAAAUUUUUACGGCAGUAUUUUGUGAUGUCUCCGGAACGGUACACGUAACAGGUCGGUUUACUUGUGACAAAGGCAUUUAUGAUGCAGUGAUUAUGGGACUUUUUUGUUUUAUAGUAAUGUAUCAGUCCACUUUUUUGUUUCGAGAUUGAUGCGCCACUUACGAAGUAGUGAUCGUGUUAGUGUAAUUGAUUUUUGUGCAUCCGUGAGACGGUUUUGAAUUUGGUUGUAUAAAAGUCGUAUGAGUA